ACAUUCAUAUCGUAUUUUGUCAAUUUUAUUUAUAUAAAAUACAGGCUGUUCCAAAAGUAUCGCUAUAAAUAAACCCAAUUUUUAGUUUAUACGCAUUAACGCUAUUAACCAAUAUUUGGAACCACUGUGUUGUGUUAAAAUCUUAAAAUACGAUAUUAAUAUCGUAAAUCGUAUAUAGUAUAUCCAUUUCAUAUGCUCUUAUUACAAUAAAAGUUUUCAAUGGCUGAUAAUAACAUAAGCGACGCUUUAACGGAGGCAGAAAGGUUAAGAGAGGAGGAACUUGCUCGAGAAUUGGAGCACAGUGAUUCAAAUGAAGGAGAUUCUCAAGAUUUAUCUUUAGAAAUAGAAGAAAGUCUCCUCAAAGAUGAACCUGAAUAUGCCACAUUGACAAAUUAUGGAGAGAGCACUCAAACUAUUCAGACUCAAAACGUUGAUGCAUAUUCAGAUGAUUUAUUUAAACAAGAUAAGGAUGUAGAACUUGGUCCAAUUUACACUGAGCGCUCAGAUGAUAUUCUAAAUACAAGGGCAGAUGCAUUUGUUGAUGACAAUGAUAAAUAUGAAUCAUACAUAAAUGAUUAUUCUUUUGAAACAAACCAGACCAUUGAAGAAAGUCAGAUUGACAACAUUAUUGAUCAAAGCACAAAUGAACUGAAUAGAGACAGUUCAAUCAAUAAUAUUAAUGAAUUCGAACAGAAUGACUCAAAUGCUGAGUAUCAAAUGACUGAUGAAAUGUUAUUGAGUGAAAGAGAAAGAGAAAAGAAGAGUAAAAAAGAAUUGGAAGAAGAAGAAAGGGAAAAGAUGCAAGUGUUAGUAUCAAACUUUACUGAAGAACAGUUAAAUCGCUAUGAAAUGUACAGACGUGCAGCUUUCCCAAAGGCAGCUGUGAAGAGGUUGAUGCAAACAAUAACAGGUUGUUCAGUGGGGCAGAAUGUUGUCAUAGCAAUGUCUGGUAUCGCCAAAGUAUUUGUUGGUGAAGUUGUGGAAGAAGCAUUGGAAGUCUUGGAAAAUUCUGGUGAAGCGGGACCUUUGCAGCCAAAGCAUCUCAGAGAGGCUUUACGUAGAUUGAGGGUGCGAGGUGCCAUCCCUCCAAGAAAAGCAUUUAAACAUAUGGUCAGACUGUAAAAUUUGACAUGAAACAGAGUAUAAUUUUUAAGGAUCAUCAUAAUGUAAAUAUAGUUAUGUAAAUCUGUUUUUAAAUUGAGUUAUUAAUAUUAAAGAAGCUAUCUCUUACAA